UUUUCCUGUCAUAUUCAAAAUAUUUUGCGCUAGUCGGGAUGGCCCGUGUACGAAGUCUCCCUACUCUGUCUUUUUCAGUGGAUAUUAACUUUAAGUCCUUGGAAGAUGUUGGAAUUUAUGUCGAAACUUCCGUAGCUGAAUAUAAACGCAAGAUAGUGGUUGGAGUUACAGGAUCGUUGGCUGUCCUUGGACUAUGGAAUCCUGAAAAAGCUUUGUUUUGCGAUCGUCAGUCUGAAAAUACUAAUAAUACUGAAACAUGGCACUGUUGUCUCACACUUCAAUCACUGUCUGCGUUCCAAUACCGUUUCUUCUUGGCAGAAUUAAUUGAAAAUAUGGGUGAAAAUGCCCUCUCACUAAGUCUGAAGAUUUUAGCGUGGGAGUCCCGGCUAAAGCCUAGGGAAUUCACUCCGACAGGUAACUUAAAUACAGACAAAGAUACAGAGAUUCAUACGGAAUUCGGUGUUUUUGAAAAUGGAAACUUCGUUCAGCGUGGCUGGUUGAUGUCAAACUCUGAGAUUCAUAUUCGCAUGUCAAGUACUUCCUGCAAAUUCUUCAAAAACGACGUUUUCACUCCUCACACUCAGCUAUUUGUUGCAUGCUCUAGAUAUGUAUUGCAACCCAUGUCUAUCGAUGACGAAGAUAAUGAAACGCGUGUAACGCCAAAUAAGCCUGAAUGCUCACAAAAGGAAGAUACCUUGAUCUACCAAACUGGUUCUUCAACUCGUAAACUUUCAUGUCUACAGUACCCGUCUUCAAGUAGAACAUCAUACUCUAGUGUUGUUAGUCGAUCCUAUCCAGUUCCAAUGUCCACUUUGGAAAUCAAUCGCUGCCGUAUUCAUAGAGGUGAACAACCAGAAUGUUGUGGUACACUUUAUAAACUUGGAGAUGAUGUAACUUUCUUCAUUGAAACGUCAGAUGUGGAGAACACUUCAGUAGAAAUACAGUUCUAUCAACAACAUUUAGAGUCCUCAGGGAAUGAUACUAAAAUUAGUUCAUCUACUCCAUUAAAAUUUAUUGGUUCUGCUCGUUUUGGUCCAUUCGUUGAUACGUACGGACGUAAAGCUGCACAAAUUCUGAAUUCAUCAUUAGCUCCAGUGGGAGAUCUUCGAGUACGUUAUCUUAUUAUCUAUCCAAUGAUUAAACCACUUAGUCCAUGUUUAGAAGUUACUUAUCAACAUCAUUGGAAGAAACGUGCAUCAGCCGUAGAUAUUGGUCAUCGUGGUAUGGGUACAUCAUUUUUUCAACCAGAAGAAAAACAAUAUAAAAAAUCACCGACAACUAGAGAAAAUACAUUGGAUUCGUUUCGGACGGCUGUCCAACAUGGAGCUGAUUUUGUUGAAAUGGAUGUCCAACUAACUAAAGAUCAUCAUGUUGUUGUUUAUCAUGAUUUUGAUGCUGUAGUCAUAUCAAAAAAGAAAAGGGGUGGUCAAUUAUGUUAUUUGCGUGUAGCUAUUAAAGAUUUAAAUUAUAAUGAUCUACGUGAAUUAAAUGUUCGUCAUUCAAGUGUUUUAAAAGAAAGUCAUACUCAUGAAAAAAUGAAUGAAGAAGAUCUGGAUCCAAUAGAAUUACAACCAUUUCCUUUAUUACAUUCAUGUUUUGAAGAAAUUGAUUCAGAUCUUGGUUUUGUCAUUGAAGUGAAAUAUCCUAUGGACCUUAAAGAUGGCAGCUCAGAAAUGGACCAUUUCUUCGAGUACAACUUUUAUGUCGAUACUAUCCUACGUGAAAUCUUAACACAUGCUGGUAAAAGACGUAUUUUAUUAUCAUGUUUUGAUCCAAAUGUCUGUGUAAUGCUUCAGUUAAAACAACAAAUUUAUCCAGUCUUUCAACUUGGAAUAUCCCCGGAAUAUGCAGAUACACGACAUGCUGACUUUCAAAGUUUAUUUUGGUCUGCAUUAAGUCAUCAACUCUUGGGGGUAUGUUUAGAAAGUGAUCGUUUAUUAAAAGUCCCAGGAAUUAUUGAAUUAGCACAUUCACAUAAACUAGUUGUAUUAGCAUGGGGUGAAGCUGUAAACAUACCGGAAAAACGUAUAUUACUCACACAAUUGGGUGUAGAUGGAAUUAUCUAUGAUUGUGUAAACGAAAAUAAAGCUAAAGGUACACUAAGUGUAUUUAAACGUGAACGAUUCCUUGAACUUGGAUUAUCAUCAGCAUCAACACCAUCAUCACCUACAGAAACAACAAAACUAGUACCAUGUUUAUCAUCAUUAUCAUUAAUUGAUAAUCACGACAAUAUCAAUCAUAUUCAUUUUAAUAAUAAUAAUAAUAAUGAUUUAAACAGAAACAAUUCAAAUUCUCAAAGUAAUUUAGCUUUAGAUCAACACUGUAACAUUACAGAUCGGUUAAUUUUAUCUACCCAACCUACUACUGAGAAACUAUCAACAAUAGUAACUGAUUGUCACACUAAUAUGUGCUGCAAUUCAGCAUCGUCAGCUUCAAUGACCAGCAAUCGUAUUGAUGAUAAUAAUAAUAAUGAUAAAAAUAACAGUAGUAUUGUCUCCUUAGUGAAUGUUAAAUCAAAUGAACAAGUAGUAGGUCCGGUAGAAAAUUGUACAAAUCCAACAUUACAAACAACAUCUGUUAGUACUAUUCCGUUAGAUAAUAAUGACAGCAUUCAUAAUAAGUUAUCAUCACCGACUUCAGAUACAUCAUCACAACAACAAAAGCCAACAUCACCACCAAAACAACAAACUAAUGUACCACUUAUAACAUUCGCUUAAAUAUAAAAUUCAACUCAAGAAUAUUAACUAACUGAUAUUAGUCAGAGUAAUAAUAAUGAUACUGAUGAUAACAUUCAUUGUCAAAACAAAGAAACAUUUCAAAAAUGUGCAUAAUUUUCUUUAGUUUAUUUCCUCUACUAAGUAAAACAUACUUGAGCAUUGUGUUUCACUAUUCUGGUUAAUUAAUUAAUUAAUUACUUCUCAUCAUUAAUUAUUGUUUCAAUCGUUUAGCUUGUCGCACAUAUAUAUAACACAGAUAUAAAUUCACAUUUCCCGCCUUCUUUUGUUCUUUCAAUGUCGUCACUUAACAGUUUUCUUCACUUAUGUAUUUUAUUAUAUAUAUAUAUAUAUAU